ACAAGACGUAAAAUCUCACAGAAUGGGGUGGAUGAGUUGUUAUCUUGUCAGCUGUUGGAUUUGGUGUUCCCUUCUGUCCAUGGUGAAUAAUGAAGAACUACUGGAACUGGGCGGUCCAAGAGAUUGCAAGAAUGCUCGCUUUGUUCCUGGCUACAACCUGGGUGGAGAGGGCUUUGACGUUGUGAAGAUGGAGCGAAAAAAGUCUUAUGUCAUCGACAUGGAAAAGUGGAACAUUGGGAACGGCAGCUGCAAAAUGUACAGUAACCCAUACCUGAACAAUGCAAAGCAGAAGAUACCUGCUGCUGUGGAGUUCUGGAGAACACUCCCAAAGUGUUCAAUGAAGGUUUCCAGCAAGAUAUAUGAAUCAAGUGAAGCUCUGGUGCAAGAAUCUACUUCGUCCAUCUCAAACAACUGGAGAGCUGGACUCGAUGUGAUGUUUAAGGGUUUGGGUUCAUUAGGAGGCACUCAUUCCCGUGAAGCAAAAUUCGGAAUGAAGAAGUCAAAGGAGGACAAUUUCAGUUUCACCAAGCAUGUUGUUCAGUGCAGCUUUUACAGCUACCAAAUAGUAUCCUCGCCCCCAGUGCAACGCAACUUUCUUAAGGCUCUGCAGUCUCUUCCCCGAAAAUAUGAUCCACGCUCCUAUAAACGCAUUAUCGACAAAUUUGGCACACACUAUACCACAGGAGUGGACUUAGGUGGGAGGAUGAAAGCAGUAACCGCCAUCAAAACCUGCAAGGCAUCAUUGAGUGGACUUACGGACACAGCGGUCAAAGACUGUUUGGAUGUGGAAGCAUCAGGCACAUACAAGAGUGCCACUUUGAAUACAGAGUCCAGAUACUGUCAAAGCCUAAAGCAGAAAAUGAGUACAAAUGAAAAAUUCAGCUCAAUGUUUAAUGACAGACAGACAGAGAUUAUAGGAGGGAACAUCAAUGGUGAGGAUCUCCUUUUCUCCAAGAACUCACAUCCAUAUGCUUUAAAAAAGUGGCUGAAUUCCCUGAAGACCAUCCCAGAUGUGGUGACAUACACUCUUCACCCCCUACACACCGUCCUGAACCAAAGGCACCCUGCCAGGAAGGGACUAAAGAAGGCAGUAGAAAAUUAUAUCCGUGACAAUGCCUUAAAAAAAGUUUGCUCCAGGUCCUGUAAGAUAGGGCAUAGAAGUAGAGGAAGAGAUUGCUGUGCCUGCGUUUGUGAAGGAAGUCAAACUGUACUGUCCAACUGCUGUCCUACUGCACCAGGUCUAGCCACACUGAGGGUGUUUAAUCUCCGAGCCAACGGUUUAUAUGGAGACACCUUUUCUAAAACAGAUGGCUAUGUAGAAAUCACAUACAGAAGCACAUUCAAACGCACUGCAGUAAUUACAGACAAUGACAAUCCCCGCUGGAGAGAAUCAUUUGAGUAUGGCCCUGUCAAGCUGUCCACCAGCCAAAAAAUCACUUUUAAAGUAUAUGAUGAAGACACUCCUUGGAACAGAGACCUUCUUGGACAGUGCUCCUUUGACCUGAGAAGAGGACGAAAGACUAAAGUGUGUUACUUCCAGUACGGCACCUUCUUUUUCUCCUAUGAUGUAAAAUGUGCUCCUAAUCUGCAGGGUUCACACUGCACAACUUACAAACCUUCUCCGAUGGCCGCCCCUCUGGCCAAAAUAUUCCAAUCCAGAAACGGCAUUCUGGCUAAAGAUAUGUGGAAGCUCCAGGCGGCCCAGAAUUACUCCAAUAACCUCUCUUUCGAAGGUUAUUAUGAGUAAUACAAAUCCCACGCAGCAGAUAUGAUACUAAACAGCUUAGCUUGUCUUGCAAAUAAAAAUCUUAUGUUUAAAACAAACAAAAAAAAACCUUUGGUUUCAUAUGUUAUCCACUGCUUGCUGAAUUUUUGAUUGCCUUGCAAAUUGUACUUUUUUUUAAAUUAAA